GUACAGACUCCCUCCCGGAGCAAAGCCCGCUCAGCAAGGAAGUGACGACACCGCGAAGGAUCUGCUCCUGCCCGCCUCCUCACUCGUUCGCGUCUGCAACCACCAGCCCAGAUCCAGGCACGCACCCCCAGUUUUGCUUCUUCCAUUAAUGUCCGUCUCGCUCCCUCUCGAGACGCUCCCUCUCCCUCUCUAUCUCUCCCGAGCCCUUGUUCGGUUUGCUCAUUCAUAUACAUACAUAUAUACAUUUUGCCUUGUUUCAGCUUCCCCUCGCCUCCCAUUCCUUUCCCUUCUACCCCUUCCGUCCCAUUCACAAGACUGACGUGUCUGUCAGUCGUGGCUUUCGUUCCGACGCACCGGCUCUCAACUGACACUCCCCGUCUCGUGCUACUACCCGGGGCGGCUCCAUCCAUCCAUCCAGCGGUGCCAAUCGCACAGAGCGGGCGAGUAUUGCGAAUGACGUGAUCGGCAAGGUCACGACUUAUCUCACCUUGGGUUCCAAGCCACCUUAUCCUCGCCAUCCAGUUUCAAAGACGGACCUCCUUGCGCCCUGUUCGCACCUCGUCGACUGCCGCACUAUAUAGACGGCACCACCCUUGUCGACAGCCGACUCGCGGCACACCGGCUUCAACGUCACAGUCGAAUCAGCCUCUAGCAAACCAACAUGUCUGCCGAGAAGAAGGUCUCCAAUACCGGCUCCGGCCGCGACCUCGAGUUCGCCGGCACCACCAUGACCACCUCAACACGCCUGGCCUCCAUGUUCGGCGGCAAGGCCGUCACCGUGGGCCCGCGAAUCGCUCCCGUGCCGGAUUGGCUCAAGGUCGAAGAGUCCUCGGACGGCGACGAGCACUCGAGCGAGGCCAUUCUCAAUCGCCAGCUCGCCUCCGAGGAAGAUGCCUCCAUUCAGUACCGCACGUGCAGCUGGCAGAAGACGGCUGCCCUCCUCUUCAGCGAGUACAUUUGCCUUGCCAUCAUGAGCUUCCCCUGGUCCUACUCCUUCCUCGGCCUCGUACCCGGUCUCAUUCUCACAAUUGUCAUCGCCGCCGUGGUUCUCUACACGAGUCUCAUCAUGUGGGAGUUUUGCCUCCGCCACCCCGAAGUCCGCGAUGUCUGCGACCUCGGCCAGAUGCUCUUCUGGGGCAAGGAAUGGGCCUGGUGGGGUACCGCCCUCAUGUUCGUGCUCAACAACACCUUCAUCCAGGGGCUCCACGUGCUCGUCGGCGCCGAGUACAUCAACACCAUGACCGAGACGGACAAGAUUGGAGGCUGUCGCACCGUCGAGUUUUCUGUCGCCAUUACCGUCAUCUGCUGGCUCGCCUCCCUCCCACGGACGUUUAGCAUGAUGUCGAAAUUGGGCACCGCCUCGGCUCUGUUCACGUUCAUCUCUGUCUUGCUGGCGACAAUCUUCGCCGGCAUCCAGGGUACGCCCGCUGGCUAUGCUCCCUUGACCAAGGGCGAGCCCAUUGUCACCGCCAUCCCCGUUCACAGCACCACCUUUGUGCAGGGCAUGGCGGCCUUCCUCAACAUUAGUUACACCUUCAUCGGCCAAAUCACCCUCCCUAGCUUUAUCGCAGAGAUGCGUGAUCCACGGGAAUUCCCCAAGUCACUUUGGGCAUGCACCAUCGCCGAGAUUCUCGUGUUUUGCGUUGUCGGCGGCGUGAUUUACGCUUACACCGGCAACCAAUACGUGACGGCACCUGCUUUUGGAUCGCUGCACGACCUCUACAAGAAGGUGUCCUUCUCUUUUAUGAUCCCGACCAUCAUCUUCCUCGGCUGCCUGUACGCCUCGGUGACGGCGCGCUUCGUGUUUUUCCGCUGGUUCAAGGGCUCGCGACAUCUCAACGACCACACCGUUGUGGGCUGGGGUUCCUGGGCCGGAAUCUUGCUGGUGACAUGGAUCCUCGCGUUCAUCAUCUCCCAGGUCAUCCCGUUCUUCUCUUCGCUUCUCUCGGUCAUGUCUUCGUUGUUCGACAGCUGGUUCGGCUUCAUCUUCUGGGGUGUUGCCUAUUUCCGAAUGCGCGGCGCCGACCGCAAGGUCGGACGGUAUCGAAGUCCCACGUUUGACUGGUUAUCCAUGGCGCUCAAUGUCGUCAUCAUUCUUACCGGGAUCUUUUUCCUCACGGUUGGCACGUACGCUAGCGUGCAAGGCAUCAUGGACUCGUUCGCGGCGGGCGAGGUUGGAGGCGUCUUUUCUUGCAAGAGCAAUGGUUUAUAAGUGACGUGACGAAGCGGAAGGGAUGUUUUGUUAUGAAAGAUGAACGCAUGACGGACCCGCUGACACACAGAUGCUGGGUAUGCGACAACUUGGAUGUGCAAGGGACGAACGCAUCAUGACGGCAGCGCGAGACCCCGGGGGGCGGCUUCUUGAUGAGAGGGCUCAAUGGUUGUGUGACUGCUUGCGCAAGGGAUGCGGGAUGAUAUACCACCGGGGGAAAGCGGAGAGAGAUGCUCCAGAAUACGCUCAGCAUGGGCUGUCCCGCCGCCAUCGGUUGGUGACGGCGGCAGCGGCCCAUUCGCUUUCAUGAACCGUGUCACCUGGCUGCGGCGGUUUCGGCCGAGAUACCAGCGGGGACACGUAUUUGCUCCAUUGCCCACGCAUCACUUGCGGUUCCCGCAUAGGUGCCGCAAGGCGGUACCUGUCGGACCAUGACAUCUUUUGCCCAGACUUGUUGCGGCCGCCAAGUGUCAGCAGCAGCAAGUUUCGCAGCCGACUCGUAAUGUGAUGCAGCCCCAGUGAGUGAAGCGAAAUGUACGCCCUCGAUUGACUUGGUCCACACUUUAUAGAGGCUGUAGUAGACUCACUCAACCUUGGUGCUUCGUAGCUGAAAAGUUCAAUCGAGUUUCCCCCCUUUUUGGUUGUCUAGUAAGAGGCCGUAGGCCACAGUGGUAUGAUGUGAGCGCGGCCGGGGCAGGGUGGACUGACGGCGGAAGGCGAGGAGCCGAAAGCAAACGAUCCUCGAUUGUCGCUGGGCCUGCAGAUGCGAUGCAAGCCCUGCAGCCAAAUCGCAUUCAAAGCCAGACACGGGAGACAUUGCUGGGGCUCUAUUGGAUCGGGCGGCGACGCUUAGACCCCGCAGCAGGAUUCGUCGACGCCGGGGGGGCCUUGGACUGGCGCAACACG